UUAAGAGCCAAAAAAAUGGAUAAGAUAAAUGUGGAAAGGGAGCGGAUAACGAGAGCAGAAUCAGUAGAAAUGGAUGAUCAAAAACUGGUUUAUGAUUCUUCGGUUGAUCAUAAAGGACGAGUUCCUCUUAGGAGUUCAACUGGUGUAUGGAAGGCCUCCCUCUUUAUUAUCGUGAUUGAAUUCAGUGAGAGGCUGAGUUUCUUUGGAAUAGCUACGAGUUUGAUUAUGUACUUAACAAAAGUCAUCCAUCAAGACCUCAAAACAGCAGCAAAAAGUGUCAAUUAUUGGACAGGAGUCACUACCUUGAUGCCAUUGCUGGGAGGCUUUCUCGCUGAUGCAUACUUGGGACGAUUCUCCACCGUUCUUCUCUCUUCCACGGUCUACUUCCUGGGCUUGCUUCUAUUGACAAUGUCUAGAGUGGUCCCGAGCUUAAAACCUUGUGAGAGUGACCUCUGUGAUAAACGGAGGAACGUCCAUGAGCUAAUCUUCUUCCUAGCAAUCUACUUAAUCUCUGUUGGAACCGGAGGACACAAGCCUUCUCUUGAGAGCUUUGGAGCUGAUCAGUUUGAUGAUGAAAAUCCUGAAGAAAGAAGGAAAAAAAUGUCAUUUUUCAAUUGGUGGAACUUUGGGCUAUGCUGUGGACUAUUACUUGGUGUUACUCUUAUCGUUUAUGUACAAGAUCAUGUUAGCUGGGCCAUGGCAGAUGUAAUACUCACACUAGUUAUGGCUUCUAGUAUAGCCAUCUUCUAUGCAGGGAAGCCAGUGUAUCGUUUUAGGAAGGCGACUGGAAGUCCAUUAACACCCAUGCUAAACGUGCUCGUAGCUGCAAUUAGGAAAAGAAGCCUUCAACUUCCUUCAGAUCCUUCUCAUCUACAUGAAGUUCCCAAGUCAGAAACUACCCAAAGGAGGCUCUUAGGCCACACCAAAAGGCUAAAGUUCCUUGAUAAAGCAGCAAUCCUAGAUCAAACUCAAGAUUCGACAGAACAGCAACGGAAUCCGUGGAAACUUGCAACUGUCACCAAUGUGGAAGAACUGAAGCUAAUUAUCAACAUGAUACCUAUUUGGCUAACCACUUUACCGUUUGGUAUAUGCGUAGCACAAGCUGCAACUUUUUUCUUAAAACAAGGCGUGACAAUGAACCGGAAGAUCAUUCACAAUUUCGAGAUUCCCUCAGCCUCAAUUUAUGCCCUGACAGCUGUUGGCAUGAUAAUAUCUGUUGCUUUCUAUGACAAAAUCCUUGUACCUUUCCUGAGAAGGACAACAGGAAAUGAGAGGGGCAUAAAUAUUCUCCAAAGGAUCGGUAUUGGAAUGAUCUUCUCGAUCUCUACUAUGAUCGUUGCAGCUUUAGUCGAAAGAAAAAGACUGAAUCUUGUUAACAAAAAUCCACUCGAAGGUUCGAGUUCAAUGAGUGUGUUUUGGCUAGCCCCACAAUUCCUUAUCCUUGGAAUAGCAGAUGGAUUUGCCUUAGUGGGAUUGCAAGAAUACUUCUAUGAUCAAGUACCCGAUUCCAUGAGAAGUUUGGGCAUUGCACUUUACCUUAGUGUAAUUGGAGCUGCAAAUUUCAUUAGCAGCCUCUUGAUAACCAUUGUGGAUCAUAUCACAAAGAAAAGAGGCAAGAGUUGGUUUGGAAAGGAUCCAAACAGCAGCCGGCUCGACUACUUCUACUGGUUGUUAGCUAUCAUUACAGCUGUAAAUUUGUGUGUUUAUGUCAUUGUUGCGAGGAAUUAUUCAUACAAGAAUGUUCACUGUAAGGCAACUAUGUCUGUGGCUGAUUGUGAUGAUAGGGAUAAUCGCGAAGCAAUGGUUUAG